UGAUGUUUCUCUCUCAAUAACAUGUCCUUGGGUGAGGAUUAAAAAGAAAAAUAGACUUCCUCCAAGUAAAAAUAAAAAAUGGCAAGAAGAAAAGUUUUGAAAGUACAUGUUGAAGAAUAAGAAAAAAAUAAUCAAGCAAAAGAAAGAUGAGCUUUGUCUAUGGAUUGCAGUCUGCUACUAGAAACUGUGUUUCCUCCCGAUUUAACUUACUGACCAACUGGAGAAAAUGUAACACAACAGCUAUAACCUCACUGGACUGUCAUCAAGUCCAAGUUCACCACAUAGUAAAUAAUAUUGAAUGUAAACUGGGAGUAAAGCGGUGUAAUAGGUUGACUUCUCUGCCUGGAAACUCUUAUUUCUACAGAACUUUUAAUAACAGAAGGACAGGAUACCUCUCGAGUCUUAAAAGCAAGGGCAAUAAAUGUACAGCACGGCGUGACUCUUUUCCAAGACAGAAACUGAUAGAAGAAGUUGCAGUAGGUCCUGCUCUUUCAGUAUUGCAUCCUCUAAGCUGCUUUCCCAUAAGAGACAUCAGGAGUUUCCACACUUCUCCACGGUGUCAAGCUGCUCCCAUUCCUCUCUUGUGGAUAAUUCUUAAACCAGUGCAGAAACUACUGGCAAUCAUUGUUGGCAGGGGCAUAAGGAAAUGGUGGCACGCACUUCCUCCCAACAAGAAGGAACUGUUUAAAGAAAGUGUAAGGAAGAACAAAUGGAAGCUAUUCCUGGGGUUGAGUACUUUUGGAUUGCUCUUCGUAGUGUUUUACUUCACUCACCUGGAAGUGAGUCCAAUCACAGGAAGGACCAAGCUACUGCUGUUGGGGAAAGAACAUUUCAGUCUUUUAGCAGAACUGGAAUAUGAAGCAUACAUGGAAGAAUUUAAAAAUGAUAUGCUAACUGAGAAAGAUGCCCAGUACCUGAACAUUAAAGAAGUGUUUUAUCAUUUAAUUGAAUGCAAUAAAGAUAUUCCAGGGAUCUCCGAGAUCAAGUGGAUCAUUCAUGUGGUUGAUUCCCCCGAUAUAAAUGCCUUUGUGCUUCCAAAUGGACAUGUGUUUGUCUUCACUGGGCUUUUCAAUGCUGUGGUUAAUGUGCACCAACUCGCCUUCAUUCUGGGCCAUGAAAUAGCACAUGCAGUACUUGAGCAUGCUGCAGAAAAGGCCAGCGUGGUUCAUUUAUUGGAUUUCCUAGGUCUAAUUUUUCUCACAAUGAUUUGGGCUGUUUGUCCUCGAGAUAGCUUGGCAAUUGUGGGCCAGUGGUUGCAGUCUAAAUUGAAAGAGUAUUUGUUCAGUAGACCAUACAGUAGAACACUGGAAGCUGAAGCUGACAAAAUUGGACUACGGCUUGCUGCAAAGGCUUGUGUGGACGUCAGAUCCAGUUCAGUGUUUUGGCAGCAGCUGGAACUUGCAGAUACCCUCUCUGGUCACCCCAACGUGCCAGAAUGGUUAUCCACACACCCUUCCCAUGGAAACCGAGUUGAGCAGUUGGAUAGACUCAUACCCGAGGCUCUUGAAAUUAGAGAGACCUGCAAUUGCCCACCACUUUCCGAGCCAGACCCUCGAUUAGUGUUCAAACUCGCCAUGAAGGAUUUUCUUCAAGAAUCAGAGAAAAAGGACCUAAAUACCACUGCUGAGAAACAGAAAGUGGAUCCUCUUCCCAUUGGAAAACAGAAGCAAAUAUCAGGAGCAUAAAUAAUUGAGAAAAGAACUAGCAGUUGAAUUGAAAUAUGUGAGACAAUGGAUAUAUGAAGAAUAUAGCAAUCCUUAUCAUUUCAUGUUACUUUAAAAAACUGAAUUGAAAAAAGAAUUGAUAUUCACAGUCAAAUCAUGU